AUGGCUCUUAUCGACUUAGAAGUAAACAUAUUAGCUUACUCUUGGGCAAAAUGUCUGAAAGACUCCAGUAAACCAGUGAGGUCGAGAGACCAUUCCCGAUUUUUGGAUGUUCCCGGCAGAAUUUACACGGCAAAAAAACAAUGCGAGGUUCUUCUAAGGGAUAAGGACGCAGUGAUAGCUCCAAGUCAACAAUUGUCUGAAAUUUGCUACAACUUGCAAUGUAAAACGCCUCACAGAAGCGGAUUUUAUUUUGCAGGGCCUGCUUUAGAUGGUACGCCCUGUGGAUCUGGAAAGUACUGUUACGGUGGACACUGUAGUUCAAGACAACUACCUAAACCAGUGCAGGUGACUCCAGGUGGGUGGAGUUCUUGGAUGAAGAGUUCUUGUUCCUCUGGAUGUUUAAGUAACGCGAAGGGUAUCCAAAUGAGCACUAGGGAAUGCAAUAAUCCACCGCCAAAGAACACUGAUCAAGGCUGCGAGGGAACCAAUAGACAGUUCAAUUUUUGCAAAGACGAUAAG